GCUCAAUGAGGCAGGUCGUUACUGACCCCAGCGGGGCGCCGGGGCUGAUGGGAACGGGCCCGCAGCGCUGGCACACAGCUCCCAAGCCUAGGGCGUCCCGAGGCCGUAGCUAUAGAGCCAGUCACCCCGGCUCCCUUGUUGCUAUGUACGUCAGCACGUAGGGGCACGUCUGUCGUUGCUAGGGGAGCUCAACGUGCAGGGGGGAUGACGUAGUGACGCCGCGGUGCCGAGCCGAGGAAGGGGAGGGUGCAACUGCUGCUACCAGCGCUCCGGCCGAAAUGAAUAUGUGCAGUAUGUGAAUUUAAUUACUUCUGUCUUCAUGGAGGAUUGCACACUGUGACAACGUUCCUGAGUUACCUUGGCUGCCAAUACCAUCACUUCAUCAAGAUGAGUAAUAGUCACCCACUCCGUCCUUACACAGCUGUGGGGGAAAUUGACCAUGUUCACAUUUUGUCAGAGAAUGUUGGUGCUCUGAUGAAUGGGGAGGAGUAUAGUGAUGUUACCUUUAUUGUAGAAAAGAAACGUUUUCCUGCACAUAGAGUGAUUCUGGCUGCCAGAUGCCAUUAUUUCAGAGCAUUAUUAUAUGGUGGAAUGAGAGAAUCUCAGCCUGAAGCAGAAAUCCCUCUUCAGGAUACCACUGCAGAAGCAUUUACAAUGCUGCUGAAAUAUAUCUACACAGGCCGUGCUACAUUAAGAGAUGAGAAGGAAGAGGUACUCCUGGAUUUCCUGAGCCUGGCUCACAAAUAUGGAUUCCCAGAAUUGGAGGAUUCCACCUCUGAAUAUCUUUGCACCAUACUUAAUAUUCAGAACGUUUGUAUGACCUUUGAUGUUGCCAGUCUCUACUCACUCCCUAAACUGACUUGUAUGUGCUGUAUGUUUAUGGAUAGAAAUGCUCAAGAGGUGCUCUCCAGCGAAGGCUUUCUGUCACUUUCUAAGGCUGCUCUUCUAAAUGUUGUGCUGAGGGAUUCAUUUGCAGCACCUGAGAAGGAUAUUUUCCAGGCUUUGAUGAACUGGUGUAAACAUAACCCCAAGGAGAAUCAUGUUGAAAUCAUGCAGGCAGUACGCUUACCCCUGAUGAGUCUGACAGAGCUACUAAAUGUUGUAAGACCUUCUGGAUUGCUGUCGCCUGAUGCCAUUCUGGAUGCCAUUAAAGUCCGUUCUGAAAGUCGGGACAUGGACCUCAACUACAGGGGCAUGCUAAUACCAGGUGAGAACAUUGCAACUAUGAAAUAUGGAGCCCAGGUUGUAAAAGGAGAGCUGAAGUCUGCUUUGCUAGAUGGGGACACACAGAAUUACGACUUGGAUCAUGGUUUUUCCCGGCACCCGAUUGAUGAUGACUGCCGUUCUGGCAUUGAAAUUAAACUAGGUCAGCCAUCGAUAGUCAACCACAUACGAAUACUACUCUGGGACAGAGAUAGCCGGUCUUAUUCCUACUAUAUUGAGGUGUCCAUGGAUGAGCUAGACUGGAUCCGUGUGAUCGAUCAUUCUAAAUAUCUCUGUCGGUCCUGGCAGAAGCUGUAUUUUCCUGCCCGUGUCUGCAGGUACAUCCGAAUAGUUGGCACCCACAACACAGUGAACAAAGUUUUCCAUAUUGUGGCAUUUGAAUGCAUGUUUACCAACAAAACCUUCACUCUUGAGAAAGGUCUUAUAGUUCCCGCUGAAAAUGUUGCAACAAUUGCAGAUUGUGCCAGUGUGAUUGAGGGUGUAAGUCGAAGUCGCAAUGCCUUGUUGAAUGGAGAUACAAAGAAUUAUGACUGGGAUUCCGGGUACACGUGUCAUCAGCUAGGCAGUGGUGCUAUUGUGGUACAGCUAGCACAGCCAUUCAUGAUUGGAUCAAUACGGUUACUUCUCUGGGACUGUGAUGAUCGGAGCUAUAGUUACUACAUUGAGGUUUCCACUAAUCAGCAGCAAUGGACGAUGGUGGCUGAUCGAACAAAAGUUUCCUGCAAAUCUUGGCAAGCAAUAACUUUUGACAGACAACCUGCAUCCUUCAUCAGAAUAGUUGGAACUCACAACACAGCUAAUGAGGUGUUUCACUGUGUGCAUUUUGAGUGUCCAGCACAAAACAGUGCCCACAAGGAAGAGGGUAACGAGGAAGUGGCAACAGCAGAACUGGGCACUGGCACACAACAGCUUGUUUCUCGCCCAGUUCGAGCCUCAAGCACCAGUUCUCUGCACUCCCUCACUGGAUCCACCUCACGUACACAUGCUCACCAACCAUAAAGGAGAGUGGAAAGGAGCUUUUGCAGUCUCCAUGAUGCUAUACGAAAUUAUUCACAACCUUCUUGUACAGGCACCUUUUUUCUUGUUCUCUCAGUGAACAAAGGGGACCAUGCCUGCCAGCUGGAAAUGCUGAAAUGGAAAAGGCUUUCCAAGGACACAAAGGGGCUGCUUCACUCUCUUCAAUUUGUUCAAAUCAGGCUGGUCUCCGGGGGGAUAAAAUAGAUCUUCAAUCUAUAUCAAGUCCCCCAUUAACACCCUACCUCUUUAAUCUAACCAAGGAAAGGAGAAUGGAAGGAAAUAAAAGGCAGAGCCAGAUUGGAAUACAAAAAUGGCAUAUGAACCAUAGACUGAAAGGAAUAUAAAUUAAGUAUUUGUUACCUGAAGUCACCGAUUAGGAAACAGAAUGAUGAUCUUUAUUACAUCACUAGGGAAAAUAGAUUGUUUUUAUUUUUUUAAAUUAUUCUUAAUCCAUAGUCCUUUGUAAAUGAUAAGCUGUUUUCUAAAUCAUUUUGACUAGGUGUCUGACUUUUCCCUUAUUUUCGGCUGUAGUACAUACAGUACAAUAGAUUAGGGAAGUAACAGGCAUGUGUAUCACCUGGUAUGACAAGGAAAAAACCCUCAUGAUAAAAACAAAUCAAUUCAUGGAUGCUGUAUUUAAUUCUGACUUUACUUGAAUUGUUGAGUUACGAAAUUGUCAUUUCUUAUCUAUGUUCCAAGCGGGAAAUUCCUAGUCAAGCUUCCAAUUUGACAAGUAGAUAACUAUCUGCUUAAUUCAAAGAUGACUCUUCAAGUUUUACUUAAAUUUCUACAAAAAUUAUUGUAAAUUUGUCAAAUGUGGUGUUUGUGUUUAGAAAAGCAGAAUUACAGCUGACCACUGGCAUGCUGCUGAUCAGACUCAGCAAUACAAAAAUGAGAAUUUGCAGUCAAAAAUAUUUCAAAGAAAAUAAUAGACUACAGUGUUCAACUAGGGAUUUAAAAAGCCGCUUAUACACUUUUCUCAUAAUCUUCAUGGAAAAAAAUUAAUGUAACUAUUGUAGUUUGAUCUGACUCUUCAUUGGUUCUUGCUUUAGUAAUUUACAUCUCAGUGUUAACUGUCCUACUUGUCCUUUGUAACUUGAUCAGAUUAUCUGCUUUUUUUCUUAAUCUUGAGCAUUUUCACAUUGUGAUCACCAGGAUCCUCUAAUCUCCAGUCCAUGUGACUUAGCAAAAGCUCCACAUCUCACUGGGCUUGCCCGUGUGGGAAGAAGAGGUUCUGUUUUUACACACAAUAUUGAUGUCAUUGGCAAAAAUAAUUAGGAAAGAUUGAUAUUUCUUCUGAAGUACAUGAUCUUUGGAGCAUCUACUGUCCAAGUUUAUCGACCUGGAAUUUUUUUUCUGUUGGUCUAAUACACCUUUGCGAGAGCAAAACAAGAUGACAAGUCAGAGUUAGUCAAGUCAAAUAUGAUUUUCCUCUGCUUGAACAUAAUGAUAUAAUGAGUUGUAUAUCAAUCUAUCACACUGCUUAACCUGAAAGAAUUUCUUUCUGAAUACCAGUUGGGCUAAAAGCAUGAAGGAACAGAUAGCAUGGUGGCUACAAUACAGCAGACACUUGAUAGAGAAAAAAAGAAAUGUUUCCUCUUUCUGAUAUAUUUCCUGUAAAGUUGAAUAACUUUGGCAAUUUUAUCUUUUUUUCCUUAUCGCCAGACCCAUCUUCAGUCUUUCUCAUGUUAGCUCCUGUAUUCCCUCCCCAAACCGUUUGCCCCCAUAGCCUGAAUCAAGAUGGUUCUUAUUGGAGAUGCAUGGACAUUACGUGAUACAUUUUAUUAGGUGUCAUGGCUCAUAGUGCUUAGUAGCGGUGCUCUGCAUGUGGAAUAUUGCUCAUGAGCUAUCAGCUACCACUGGCUGCUGAUUACCACAUUUAUUUAGCAUAGUGGAAUUCAGACUAAGUUUUGGGUACAGAGCUCUUUGAUUAACUUCAAGUACAGAGGUAGAAAAUUUUAGACUAAACUUUUAUUUAAAAAGAAACAAACAAAAAUCCCUUGACAAUUGUAAUCUUUGCUGGACCUAUUGAGUAGCAUGGAACCUGCCUUGUCUUUCUUGGGUUGAACCUUCAGCAUCAGAGUUGACAUUGGCAAGAGACUACAAAUAAAUUAACAACUAAUUUCACUAUUCUCAGACUGUGAAUAAACAAAUUACAUCAUUUUCCAGUUUUGUUAGCUCUAAUUGCCACCAUUGUAGGGAGUGUUGUAACAUAAGAAUGAAAUAGAUCUGUACCAAUUGUCCCUGGGUUUAGACUCUCACAGACAAAGUGCAGGGUUUUGAAUGUAUACUUCCCAGACAUGGACAAUUAUUCUGUAGAAUGCUGCUGAGCCAAAAAAAGACUCUUUAGAAGCCAUCAGUCUACACCCCUCCUUCUCGCAUUCUCUCUGAUCUUGCCCUCUGAGGCUUCAUAGAUCAAAGAUAUCUAUAUAUUCUAGAUUUCUUAUUACAUCUACUAGCCACCCAGGCCUCUAUUCACCCCAGUUUUGGGACAUGAAGAAUUUGAAAGAUUAACCUAUAGCAGAGUACAUGUGAGAAAUUCUCAAAGUGCAGAGCAACAGGAUCUGUAGAACUUCAAAUAUCCAAAAAAAGUAUGUCAGCCACAGCUGAGAUAAAUUACCUCAUCCUUCCUCACAAACAAAUAGGAAUUUUUUAACAUUACGAUUCCCCAUCACAUCAUGCCACUUUCACACACCUGUUAGUCCCCUCUCUGAUAAUUAUUUGUGCUUUGAACCUAUCUCUGAAGUGAGUCAUUGUGUCUGUGUUGGCACAGAAUUUUCAAACCUUUGCAAGCCAAAAUAACCCCACCACUUUCCAUUUUGUGGUUUGGAUCUUUUAGUCUUGUAUAACGAGUAAUGUUGGUGGUUUUGGAGUUGUAUGUUUUGAGCAUCUCAUUUUUGCUCAGUCUUUAAAAACCCACAAAAUCUAUUUAUUGCCUGGUAUGCUCUUCUGCCAUGAACAUUCUCUUCCAAUAUAAUGUGCCAGUGGUGAGGCAGGAGGAUUAAUUUAUAUUUUGGUAUAAAUGUCCUCAGCUUUUUCCAGUUCUUUUAUAGAUUUUCUUCAUUGUGGGAUUGCUGCUUAAUGGAAUUCUGGUAUUCAUGUAUGAUUUUUGUCAACCCUGCUCUGAGUUUUUAGCUUGUUUCUUGAUGGAAAGAACUAAAAGCAUAGUUGAGCUGCUUAGAUGUACCAUUAAAAAGUGUGUCCCUUCAGGAUGAUGGGAUAUAUACAGGUACUCUGAACUAUAUAGCAUACUAUAACUAUAUAUUUUAUCUGUGACUGAGAUAGAACAGGACUGACCAGAUGUUCUCUUGUCUCCUGUCAGACUGUAAGAGUUUUGUUGUUAGAUCUCUAUGCUAAUAGCAUUUGUUUAUAUUCUCACUCUAGAGACAUUGUUUCUAUUUAGCACUUAAAUUGACUUUGACAUUAAAAACGAUAAACUCCACCCUCAGUUUUUCCUUAUUCUUUUUCAUUUCCUCUGUUUUCUCCCAAUGCUAGCUUCAGUUUAGACUAGCAUCAAGCUCAUGUGGUGCUCAGCAGAGUUACCUUUAAAGUUUCCUUUUUUAAU